AACCCGGAAGUGAGCUUUUGUCAACAGAAUCGACAGCCGCUCGGACUGCACACGCUCUAUAGGCUACUCUAUGACAGAAUGGCUGGAGGAAGCGGAGAGUCUAGCCACUGUAAAAGAUUUUCUUACACGUUUCUGAAAUUCCUCCUGGCCUUCUACGCCUGCGUCUUUUGGGUAAUAGGCAGCAUUAUCCUGGCCAUUGGCAUCUAUGCAGAGGCGGAGCGACUGCGCUAUAGGACCCUGGAGGGGAUGUUUUUGGCCCCAUCUAUAAUCCUAAUCCUGCUGGGAAUUACCAUGUUUGUUGUUUCAUUCAUCGGAGUGCUUGGCACAUUAAGGGAUAAUCUGACUUUACUAAAAGUGUUUAUGUACACCCUGGUAGUUUGCCUGAUACUGGAGCUGCUGGGAGGAAUAUUGGCUCUGACGUUUCGGAACCAGACUGUAAAGUUGCUGAACAAGAACAUCAGAAGGGGCAUAGUGAACUACUACGAUGACCUAGACUUCAAAAAUAUCAUGGACUUUGUUCAGGAAAGGUUUAAGUGUUGUGGGGCUGAGGAUUUUAAAGACUGGAAUGUCAACAUGUACCACAACUGUCCUGGAAUAGGUCCACAAGCCUGUGGAGUCCCACAUACCUGCUGUGUUACUACCAAGCCUAAUGAAGUGGUCAACUCUCUGUGUGGAAACGGGGUACAGAACCGAACGCGGAUAGAAUUGCAGGAUGUCAUCCAUGUGAGAGGCUGCACUGAUGCGUUCUUCAUCUGGGUGAUCGACAACUAUAAGAAGAUGGCCAUACUAUUGUUAGUUAUCUUUCUGCCCCAGUUUUUUGGGGUGAUCGUCACCUGGCUGUACAUGACUCGGGUUGAAGAUGCCAUCGCAGAGUACGGCCACUAUAUGGAUGGACCCCCACAGGAUCUUAAGAAACAAAACCGUGUUUCCAAAUGGUUUUUGUGUAUGCCAGAAAUAUGAAAAAAAACACUGACUCCAGCCAACUGACUCAUAGUUAAUUAAACAGAAUAUGUACAAUUCAAUUAUUUUCUUUUUUCUGUACCCAUUUCUUUUUCUUGUUUCCAUUGUACCUCAGAAGGACUCAGGGAUGAUUUUCUUUUUUUCUAAUGGGUGAAUUUUUUUCACUAUCCAGUGACUUGCCUUAAAAUGUUCUUGAUUGAAGCCAAGUUGAACCUUCACAUGUUCUUUCCUUUUUAAUGGUAAGUCCUUCAAGGUUUUGCUUUUAUAAAACUUGGUCAGUUAACAAAUGCAAUAUUGAUCAAGCUUUUUCGUAGUAAAAUGUAUUGAACUUGCCUUAAAUGUAUGUUUUAUUGUUAGAGACAAUAUUAGAAAUAAAGUUUUUGCUCUUACUGCCCACAAGAUGGUAUUCUCAGGUUAAGCCACAGCAGUCAAUAAACUUUUCCUUACGUUAACAAAAAUUAUUUUAUCUCCUAAUAAUAAACUAAAUUCAUGCUUUUUUACUGUAUAUUAGUAGCAAACAAACAUGUUUGUUUCUAAUGGUGAAAGGCAGGGAAAAGUUUCUGGCAUCAUUCAAUCUCCAAAAUUAACUUCUCUGUUAUAUUUGUAAAAAAGAAAAAGAAAAUAUAGAUUACACAAAGAUAUUUGCUCUGGUUGCAUUGUCCUAACAUGAAGCUCAGGUUGUUUUUUUUUUUUUGUUUGGUUUUUUUUUUUUUUAUGUCCCUUAUCACUAUGUUUACCUUGCAUGGUGUGAAGUGGCUAAACGAAAAAGACCUCAAUGUUACGUUAUAUUUAUACUCCAGGGAAAUGGGAAGUGUUGGUUUUCUAAUUAAAAUAAAAUUAAAAAAAAUCUUAAAGAGCAUCUUUCAAAUAUUUAAAUGGAGUUGUUCAUGAAUGUCUCACUGACUUUUGUAUUUAAAAAGUAGAAUCACAAAAAACUAGGUAAUAAUUUAAAUGGAUACACUUAUUAAUACAUGCAUUUAAAUUACAUUUUUAUGUAAUACUUAUACUGAGCCUGAAAAGAAUAUGUAAUCCCAGAGCAAUUAGACAUUUUUACUACAGCUCAGUUAUUCCACAUUUAAUAUUUUAUUUUUAUUUUAAAAUAGUCUGCCCCUAAUCUUUCUGAAAUCAAUAUUCAGUGUAAUUAUGCGGUGCUUCAUUUUUACUUGUGAUGUAUUUUUAAGGUCACAAUGUAGGUUCUUUCUGCAGUUUCUUUAUUAGAUUCAUAUUGUUUUAUUUUGUUGGUAAUUUAAAAACUGGAAUCUGAGAGGAUUACAC